UUUGGCGUCUUGGCCGCAGCCAUCUGUCUCACACUCCCUUCUAGCCUCGAUGCUCGCCAUGCCUUCGUCCGCAGGAGGGGUGGAGUCGCAGAGAAGCAGCCAGCCAGCGACUGCUCACAGCGCAUGUCCGCAGCUGGGCCGUCACGUUGGACAGUUCGGCCCAAUCGUCCAAUCAACGGACACUUUCCAAACAGAGAUUUGUAAGAUGGCGACCGCCGAACCGGAAACCAACCCAAGUUCAAAUCAGCCUGAUGAAGAUGGAGCUGAGGAGACUGGACAAGAGAUUGUGAACCCAGAGGCCUACAUCAAACACCCCCUCCAGAACAGCUGGUCCCUGUGGUUCUUCAAGAAUGACAAGAGCAAAACAUGGCAGGCCAACCUGCGACUCAUCUCUAAAUUCGACACAGUUGAAGAUUUCUGGGCUCUCUACAACCAUAUCCAGUUGUCAAGCAACCUCAUGUCAGGCUGUGAUUACUCCCUUUUUAAGGAUGGCAUUGAACCCAUGUGGGAGGACGAAAGGAACAAGCGUGGCGGGCGCUGGCUGAUCACACUCAACAAGCAGCAAAGGAGAUUAGACUUGGACCGCUUCUGGCUGGAAACUCUCCUGUGCUUAGUCGGAGAGGCCUUUGACGACUACAGCGAUCAGGUCUGCGGAGCGGUGGUCAACAUCCGCGCAAAAGGAGAUAAAAUAGCAGUCUGGACAUCAGACUAUGACAACCGGGAAGCUAUAACACACAUAGGGAGAGUUUACAAGGAGCGCUUGGGGCUUCCCCUGAAGAUGACUAUUGGCUACCAAUCUCACGCAGACACAGCUACCAAAAGCGGUUCAACCACCAAGAACAAAUUUGUCGUUUGAGAAAUGUGCCUCCCCAUGUGCCUCUUUUAUUUUUCUUGUCUUAUUUGUUGUUCCUUCGUAUGUUUACUUUGCUGCAAAGACUCUGCGGAAUGCAAUCUAAAAGAAGAAGAAAAAAACGAUCUAAGACUGCGUGCCAAAAGUUUCCAUGGCCUGCCCAGGACUUGAACCACAUAAAAACCAUGGAAAACAGAUGAACAUGUAUCUUCCAAAACACUAACAAUGAGAGGUAAUAAGAGUGGAUGAGAUUUAGAGUGCUGCAUAGUCUUCUAAAGAAAUGUGUUAAUUUUUUUUUCUUUAACAUCCAAUCCUGAAAUGCAAAAAAGAAAAUAUGUUUCUCUCCCAUUUACUACAGCAUUGUUGGUUUGCUGUAAUACUGAAUGACAGUUAACCCUUUUAAUUUAUUAUUAGUCUGGCAAAGCCAGACCUACACCGCUUAUCUAUCUAGCAAAAUAGAUAGGGGGAUAGCGGAAGGGACAUCUGAUAGAAGUCAGGCUUUAUCCCAGUCAUAUACAGCCAUUGAGCCAGACUAAUUUAUUAAUAAUUUGCUUGCAUAUGAUUAGAUUGUUAGACCUUUGUUUUAUGCUUUUUAUGCCUUGAACUGUUGCACGUAAUCAAACUUUUAAAAGUAUUUCAUGGCUCAUAUUCUUUUGAGUGUUAAUAUAAUUAAAACAUUGGUUUUGCAAUUA